AUUCUUUAUUUUCAAUAUUUGUUAAAGUGAUUUUUGAUAUCUUAAAAAGUUAAGUUAGCUUAAAAAGUUGGCUGGCAUAUAACAUAAUAAGUGUUAUUAAAACAAAUAUUUGAAAACUUGUCCUAAAAUCAAUGUUAGUCAAUGGUACCCUUAAAGGAAAUGCAAAGUUGAGGUAUUUAAGUUAAGCCGUAAGGCUAGUUCUGUCAGUUUCAUUUUGUAAUUUAUUCAACAUUACACAGCGAAAUGUUCUACAUCUACUUGACUUUACUUUUUGGAGUCCUCGCGCAGGAGUCAUUCGUUACAAGUACAUCGGUGUUAGACGAUGUCCCUAAUGGCAAUUGUUCUUGCGGAGGAUUUGAUACAUUUACUCCGGACCAGGACAGUGAACCACUUUUAUCUCAGACACCAAUGUCUGUAAAAUGCAAUGAAGAAGGUGCCUCAACUUGCAAAAGUCUUUGUCUUGCUCUGGCUACCGCUACAAAAGCCAAAGGACCCGAGAUUUUAUGUGCCAGACUUAAAGAUGUUAAUGAGAUAAAGCUUUCUGCAUUUUACAAGAUUUGCGAAAGGCCGUGGUAUUACGCAGAAAUGACAGCAGAGGAACCUCUUUGUUGUGAAAAUUCAAAAGUUAAAGUUUGUUCUUCAGUCGAAGACAUCACUGUUGCUGCGAACGCAGAAGCAAAACUAUAGUUCGCUAUUUAUUAUAAUUACAAAACAUAAUGAUUAAAUGAACAUUACUCUUAUUGAUUUAUUAUAUUACGCAUGGUAAAA